AUUUACAAUAGUUGCUUCAGAUUCCCUUCACUCAAAUCAAUUCAAGCCAUUGAAUGCCGUAAUUAACCAUGUUGAAUGCUACAAUCAACAAUUGUUGCUUCAAUUUCUCUCUUCACAUUUAAUUUGGUGAAUCAAACAGUCCAAUGAAAUCAGCCAUCCUUUUUAAGCCCUCUCCUCCCCCAAAUAAAUCAACGACGACAACGAAGGUCGCACCCAGUCUUUUUCUCCACAACUUCAGCAGGUGGUGGCGUCGGAGGAGGAGUGAGCGACGGUUGUAAUGGAGUCGGUGGUCUCAGAUGUUGGCGAGACAGGGAUUUAGGUCUGAAUUGCAGUGACGGUUGCAAAGGCGCUGAUGAUGCCGACGGCUAGGGUUGUUGUCGAGUGUAGAUGGUGGUUAUGCUUCGAACCCUAAAUCUCCUCUCUUUAUCACUCAUCUCAACCAGAUUUUGAGAUUUGUUGUGGCGAGGGUUGUUGAUUCAUCGUUUUAUCCGAGCAGAACGAAAGGAAAGCUUUUGGUAGAUUCUUAUUUUGUUAUUUAUUAAUAGAUUUAGAUAAAAUAUUACAUUUGGACGAAUUUUCGGAUAUUUAGAAGCUUCAUUUGAACAAAAGUUUUUGACUUGUUUGACCCGUAGGUGUGGUCCUGUCUCUCUCAUUACUAUUUUGUAUGGGAACAUAAAAGCUGGCCCUCUUAUAUACGAAUUCAACUCUGUAUGACCUUAUUUAAGGUUGUGUAUGAAGUACAAAGGCAACACAUUCCAUUAUGGUUCUGAAGUACAAAGGCUUAUAAAAGAAAUGGUUAUUCAAAGUCUAAAUACAUGCCACCGGACAUGAUAAUAGACAUACAUACAUACCCUAUUAUUGGACUACUAGAUCCUUAUUAAAAUAUUCCAACUUGUGUUAUUUAACAGGUUUGACCAGGGUGUCAUUGUGUCAAAAGAUGCUAAUACUUAGGUUUUUUGGAAGAUCGGCUAAAGCUAAAUCAAGUAUGUGUUUUUGCAUGCCCUUUCGACCCUCUUUUGCCCGUGCUGUUCUCAACAAGGUUACCACUUUUUCCUUAAUUUUACGAUUGAUUCACUAACAAUGGUCAAAUUUAUAGUUCAUAUUAUUACUGCCCAUAGUUAAUCUGAUUACAUUCUUUACAUCUAUGCUUUUAUUACUGCCUAUACUGAUUUAAAAUAUUUAACAAAAAUGGUUUAAAUAUUAUUGGUAGGUUCACCUGUUACGCGCUUUCUAAUGUGAAAUUUAUGUUAAUAUGGUCCAAUUUCAUGGAGAUGAUGAUUAUUUUGGGCUAAUCGUGCAAUGUUACUUACCUUCUCAAUAGAAUUAAGAUUCAAAGAGACGCCGUUGUCGUCUUCCUCAAAUUUUGUAGGAAAAUAUAGCUCGAAUCAGGCUUUACGAGCUUAGGAACAAAUUGAAAUUGAAGUGAAUGAUCUCCAACUCGUCGUCAUACAAUAUCUAUGUGGAUGUAGACGAAGGUGAGAUUUCGGAUUUGGCUUCGGUUGAGGAGAUCAGUGCGGAGGAUUUUUCGGCGAAAACUCCGGUUGACGAUUGUUCGAACGAGUGUUCGAAACAGCAGAUGCAGCAGCAGAAGAAGGUGUGGACGAUGCAGGAUCUGGUGAAGCACCAGAACAAGUAUCAGAUGUCUAGGAAUUAUGCUCCAGGGUUGUAUAACUUUGCUUGGGCACAGGCUGUGCAGAAUAAGCCACUUGAUGAUUAUUUGAAAAAUUUGAAUACUCGUAGUGGUGGUGGUGAUGUUAAUGUUGAUGUUGAUAAACAAUUGAUGCAGUUGAAUGGGAAUGGGGAUGGGGAUAAUGUUGGGGUGAAGGAGGAGAAGAUUGUAGUGUUUAUAAGUGGUGAUGAUGGGGAUAGUGAGAAGGAGGAAGGGGAACUGGAAGAAGGUGAGAUUGAUUUGGAUGUGGAGGUUGUUGGUAAACAAGGAGCAGGGGGUGAUGUUGAGAAGUGGAUUAAUGUGAUUUGGAUGGGGUUAGAGAGUAAAUGUGAUGUUGCGGAAAAAAGUUGCAGAUCAUCAACAGGUGAAGCCAUCGUCUCAUGCUACAAAUUACUCCAAUGGUCAACCGUAUGCUCAUUUAUCAAAUUCCAUAGACAGUGACGAUACUGAUAGCAUAUCUUAUGAAGAUAUUGGUGGUGAAUCAUGGCAGCUACUUGAGGAAAAUGUCCAGGCCAUAAAGCAAAUUUCUGCUAAUUUUUCUUCAGGUGCAUGAAAACAUCGAUCUUUUUUCUAAAAUAACAGUUAACAUUGCAGUGCUCUUGAAGGAGUAAGCCAUUAGCUCUUUCUUUGCUACUUCAUAUUUCUUGUUAGCGUUGCUUAUAACUAUUCUUUAAAAUAUGGUAUUUGACACUACUGACGUAAACGAGCUGUGCUUAUUCUUUAAAACAAUAUAAUGCAUAACUUGUUACAAUGAAAAAUGUUUGGAUGUUC